UAUGGAGAGCCAAACACAAAACGAAAGCUCGCGCUAACUGUUAUUUGUGGAGUCUAAAAUUACACAGUGGGCGUGAAACUUCCCCGCGUCUGCCAGGAGGGGCUGUAAUUGGGCUGCCAGAGCUGCGGGUUAAAAGGCGCGGAGCAGACGCCCCGCAAAGAGCUUCAACUUGCGCCACUUUCUCCACUACCUGUUGGCUUCCUGCUGGGACACAGAGGAGCGAAGAGACAAAGGCUUUCCGGGCAGACAUAUCCCACUUAUCCCCGGACACGGCGGCUCUCUUUCGGACGCUUCGAGCCAGUCCUCCGCUGUCAGCUGAGCCGCGUCCACACAAGAGGAAAUCUUCCUUUAAAAAUAAAUGACACUGAACAGGGGUUCAGCGAAGAUGCUACUUCCUCUGGUAAUCCUGCAGCUGCUUCUGGCUCCAGCAUUCAUGCUGCCCAGUGUGGAUUACUGGGACUCCUGGGGUCUUUACGGUGAGUGCAGUCGUAGCUGCGGCGGCGGUGUUACCAUGAGAACAAGACGCUGCGUCACCCAGAGGACAGAUGGUGGACACAACUGUGUGGGACCAGACAAGUCUUAUCGCAUCUGCAACAUCCAGGAUUGUCCAGAGGGAUCCAGAGACUUUCGGGAGGAACAGUGUUCCCAGUUUGAUGGGACUGACUUCCAGGGAAAACGCUACAAGUGGCUCCCAUACUACGGAGCGGAGAAUCCCUGCGAGCUGAACUGCAUGCCGAGAGGGGAAAACUUUUACUACCGCCACCGCAGCUCCGUCGCUGACGGUACCCCGUGCCACCCGGGACGGAGGGAUAUUUGUGUGGGCGGAGUCUGUAAGCGCCUGGGCUGUGAUAACAUGCUGGAGUCUUCCCAGCAGGAAGACCCCUGCCUGCAGUGUGGGGGCAGCGGCCAGUCCUGCCACCUUGUCAAGAACACCUUCAACGCUCGCAACCUGCCAGCUGGCUACAACCAGAUGUUCAUCAUCCCUGUCGGAGCCACGACCAUCAGCAUCAGAGAGACGACGGCCACGCGGAACUACCUCGCCAUCAAGAACCUGCGUGGCGAGUACUACCUCAAUGGCCACUGGGUAAUUGAGUUUUCCAGGGCGACACCAAUUGCCGGGACCAUGCUCUACUACCAAAGAGGCGCUGAGGGCGAAAACGUACCCGAAACCAUCAUCGGCCGCGGUCCUACCACUGAACCACUUGUUGUUGAGCUGAUCAGCCAGGAGACUAACCACGGCAUCGAGUACGAGUAUUACCUUCCAAAUGGCCGUUCCAGGCAGGGCUACUACUGGAGCUCUGGAUCAUGGUCUUCUUGCAGCAAAGAGUGUGGAUCAGGCUAUCAGUCCCGCUUGGUCUUCUGCUCGAUCGACAACGAAGCCUAUCCCGACUACCUCUGUGCUUCUCUGCCAAGGCCACAAUCAAACCGCACCUGCAACCCCCAUCCGUGCCCACAGACCCAAAGCUGGAGAACUGGGGAGUGGAACGCCUGCUCUGUGACCUGCGGUGGGGGCUCUCAGCUGCGCUCUGUGCAGUGCAUACUGCAUGAUGCGUCUGGCCCCCAGGUGGUGGAGGACGCCGUUUGUGCCGCCUACGCCGACGCACCUCCCUCUCUGCGGACCUGCAACAUGCACAAAUGCGCAGAGUACCGUGUGACCGGAUGGAGCUCGUGCUCAGUGAGCUGCGGGUCAGGCGAUCAGACCAGAGACGUCACCUGUGUGGGAUCAGGUGGCACAAUGUUAGAAGAAGCAUCCUGCAGGACUUUGCUCCGCCCACCUUCCGUCCAGCCGUGUGAGAUGCCCGCUUGUCCCAAACAGAUCCAUUGGCAUGUGGGAGCCUGGGGGCUGUGCUCCAGAAGCUGCGGUUCUGGCUCACGAGAGCGCCAGGUGAUCUGCUCGGAUCAGGAGAGGAACCUCUAUCAUGUGGACCAGUGCAACGCUCAACCCAAACCCUCCACAAUGGAGCGCUGCAACACCCAGCCAUGCUUCAGUCCACAGGUCGUCCCCAGCAUCCAGAACCCGCGAGGACACGACCGCGCUCAGACUAGCUUCCAGCCCUACGUGCCAGAUAUUUCAACAGCCCGCAGGCCAGAGACCAGAGACCCCACCCAGAGGAACACGGUACGGGACCCUCACGAUUUCUCCCCGGCCCUCCACUGUAGCCAGUCCAUCUAUGGCUGCUGCCCAGACGGACGGACCUCAGCCAGGGGCCCCCAGGGCCAGGGCUGCCCGCAGACUCCAACUCCCACUCCUGCCCCGUCGUCCUGCUACCAGACAAGUUACGGCUGCUGCCAGGAUGGUGUGAGAGCUGCUCAGGGCCCCAACAGAGAGGGUUGCUUAGAGUAUGUGGCCCCUGCGCCUACGGUUUCUUCUCUACCAACUGAGAACGCUGUAGAGUGCCGCACUACCACUUACGGGUGCUGCUAUGAUCGCAAGACACCAGCAGGGGGCCCUAAUGGCGAGGGCUGCCCCAACCCACCCAACCACAUCGAGCAGUCCAUCUGCUCCCUGCCUCGUGCCGCCGGCUCCUGCAGCAGCUGGGUGGCACGGUACCACUUUGACGUCGUCACCUCCAAGUGCGCCCACUUCUGGUACGGCGGUUGCCACGGCAACAGCAACAACUUCAUGAGCCGGGCGGAGUGCCAGCGGGCGUGUCAGGUGUCGGCACCCAGCCAGCAGCGGCCUCAGCCGGUCGCGCCCAGAGGGUCGCCCGACGCCCAGUCACCCGACAUGGGCCGCACUUUCACGGCGCAGGGCGGCUCGCCCAGCGACUCCGGCAGACACGGCACUAGCGCAGCCAGACACGCCCACAGAGCUCGGGUGUAUCUGAGGCCGCGCCGGCCUUCGACUGGAGCGCGGGCUCAGAUGACCGGGCCAGCUGCCAGUUUGACCCUGGCAGGUGUUAGCAUUGAUAAGAGCGACCCAGACAAAGUGGAGGCCUUAGUCGGCCAGACGGUGGUGCUGCCCUGCAGAGUCAGCCCUCCGCCUUCGUCGACCGUCGUCGUGGAGUGGAGAAGAGAUGGGAUCUCUCUGUCGGCUCAAAGACAUCACCAGCAGCCCAGUGGCUCCCUGUUGGUCGGUCCUCUUGUGAUGUCAGACUCUGGCUGGUUCUUGUGCUUCGUCACUCAAGAACGGGAGAGAGAUCACCGCUACGUUUACCUGUCUGUCUCAGAGGCCCCGCCUCAGCCUUUCCCGACGUUCCUUCCUAAAGACAGCCCGAUCCCCAGGUUCAGCAUCGAUCAGUCAAGCCCAUCGACAAUAGAAAUGCGAACAGGUCAAGCCGUCAGACUCCCCUGCACCAUCGUCCCGGCUGCAGCUCUGCAGUCUGUCAGUAUUCAGUGGACCAAAGAUGGAAAAACCCUCAGUGACUCCAGGAUUACCCAGCAUGCUGAAGGCACGUUGGCGAUCAGCCCUCUGAGGUCUGACGACUCCGGGGUCUACACAUGUACAGCUGCCAGCCAGCAGCAGCUGGAGCAGAGGCAACUGCAACUCAGGGUCCAGGCCGACUUGAAGAUUACCACAGCUCCCAACAACAUCCAGGUGUCUGAAGGCAGCACAGCUCUGCUGCCCUGCGUCGUGUCCGGAGACAACGUCAACAUCGGCUGGUCCAGGAACGGAGUGCUGGUGCGUCCAGACGGCCGCAACAUCCUGGUAUCGUCUGACGGCAGCCUGAUGAUCAAUAACGUGAAGAGCUCUGAUGAGGGAACCUACACCUGUAAUGCCUACACAGGCAUUUAUUCUGUGAGCGCCACAGCUGAAGUCAGGGUGAUAAAAGACUCACAAGGUGUUGAUGUGCCGCCAGGCUGUGUGGACCAGCCUGAACUCGCCAACUGUAAACUCAUAGUCUACGCCCGCCUGUGCGACCAUCAGUACUAUUCCGGCUUCUGCUGCGCCAGCUGUGCCAGGCACGCGCCAAAGAACGGCAGGACUGGCCGGCAUGUCUUUUGAUACGCUGACCUUUCGCCUUUGAACUUCUGCAUUUGCCAAAUGGAAUUAAGAAUAGGGACCAGACUGCGCAGAAUUAUUUUUAUUUUAGAAAAGACCCGAUGAACGAGGAGUUCUACGGUCAGCACUUUGCUCAGAUUGCCCUCUGCAUUAAGCAACAUGAAACCUUAACAUGAAACAUCCCAUAAUAUGAUGAGGAGGCACUGAAAAUAAGCUAUCUACUCACUGGACUUAUGCUUUCUCUGUUUUUUAGAGAAUCUAAUAACCUAAUAUAAUGUAAUUUUAUUGUUCGCUUCAUUAUUUUGACUGCCUUUCUUUUUUUUAAAAAAAUCAAAAUGUGUACAAAUUCACCAUUCCUUAUUUGUCUGUGGCGUUUUUAUUGUAUAUUUUU